AUGCGGGUGCCUCUCUUCCUCCUCCUCCUCCUGCUCCUGCCGCCCGGCGGGUCUGCCCAGUUCCCGAGGGCGUGCGCCCAGCUCGCUGCCCUCCGGAGCCGCACCUGCUGCCCCGUCUGGGAGGGGGACGGCUCUCCGUGCGGGGAGAGGAGCGGCAGAGGGAGGUGCAGGGCCUCCCGGGGUCCCGGGGUGGGUGGGCGGGACUUCCGGCUGGGCUGGCCCACCUCCUUCUACGGCCGCACCUGCGCCUGCCGGGGCCGCUUCUCCGGCUUCGACUGCGGCGAGUGCCGCGACGGCUACCGUGGUUCCGACUGCCGGCGCUGGGUGCUGACCGUGAGGAGGGGGCUCCACGAGAUGGACCGGGCCCAGCGCCGGAGGCUGGUGGACUACCUGGCCCGGGCCAAGGCCACCGUCAGCCCCCGCUACGUGGUCCUCAUCAGCCGCAACGCCUCGGACGUGGGGAGCUACCGCUUCCGGGAUGCCAGCGUCUACGACGUCUGCACCUGGGUGCACUACGUCGCGGCCAAGCCCAUCAGCACGCGCCGGCGCCCCAACUUCGCCCACAUGGGGCCGGCCUUCGCCGUCUGGCACCGCCGGUACCUGCUCUUCUUCGAGAAGGAGAUACGCCACCUGACCAGCGACGAGGACUUCCACCUCCCCUACUGGGACUGGACGCGGGCUGCGGCCUGCGACAUCUGCACCGACGAGCUGAUGGGCGCCAACGACGAGGACGGGUACCUGCUGCCGCCCUCGCCCUUCGCCAGCUGGAGGGUAAGAAGCCGCCCCAGUACCCCACCCACCAAACCCCAGCCCCGCCUCCCACCCAAGCACAAACCACUGCCUGACUCAGCCUUUCCCCCCUACCUCCCAGAACGACCAUCGCUCACGGCCUGGCGCCCGCAGUCAACGGGCCCCAGUCCAGUGGCGAUCGAGUGGAACGAAAGUCAGGGUUGGCACCCAUGA